AUGAGACUCUCAACACCUCUCGUCCUCGCUGCGGUAGCCUCCUCAACCACCGCCCACACUAUCUUCCUUAGCCUCAACGGGGGUGCCGUUGGCGACGGAGUUCGCGUCCCCACAUACGAUGGCCCCGUAAGCGACGUAACCUCGAACUCAAUAGUUUGCAACGGACCCCCUAACGAUGUCCCUGCCAAAACCAACACCGUCAUCACCGUCCAAGCUGGCUCCAAAGCCACCCUGACAUGGCGACACACACUCACCUCUGGGCCCAACGAUGUCAUCGACGCCUCACACAAGGGACCCGUCAUGGCUUAUAUGAAGAAAGUCAGUGAUGCAAAGACCGACUCUGGCAUCGGCGGAGGCUGGUUCAAGAUUGCACAGGAUGCUUUCGACGGCUCAAAAUGGGGUGUUGAUCGCCUCAUUGCUAACCAGGGCAACCAAACCAUCACUAUUCCAGCUUGCAUUGCACCAGGCCAGUACUUGCUCCGCGGUGAGCUUAUUGCGCUUCACUCUGCCAGCCAGCUCAUGGGAGCCCAGUUCUACAUGGAAUGCGCACAAAUCAAUGUUAUUGGUGGCUCUGCUAGCAAAACUCCUUCGACUGUUUCGUUUCCUGGAGCGUACAAGCAGAAUGAUGCGGGUAUCGUGUACAACUUGUACACUGGCUCAAAGACUUAUACCUCGCCUGGACCGGACGUUUUCACUUGUUAG